CGCGGCGUCGUAUUAGCCUGCCUCAGCCCGCCUCAACCCGUCCUACAGCGCCAGAGACAGUACGCACCCGUGAUCUCGCUGCCCAACCCGUCCUACAGCGCUUAGACAGUACUCGGCUGCGUGAUCUCGCUGCCUCACCAUAUAACAGUUCAGGAGGCUUCAGGAGGCCUCCACCUGAUCAUGGCUCCCAUCCACGCUGCCGCGUGCGACGCGAAUGUUGGGGCGCUCCGCCGAAUCCUUGCAGAAGGAGUCUUGCCGGAUGCAAUCGAUGUUACCUUCGAAGGAACGCCUCUUCAUGCCUUGUGCAAAAGCGAUGCCGGCGACCGCGUCGCCUGCUUCAAGCUCCUUCGCGACGCUGGGGCGAAUUUGGAGGCUCGACAAUUUAUAUCAAAUUUUACACCGCUUCACUAUGCGGCAUUACGCACGAACGUCGAGUUGGUGUCGCUGCUAAUUCAGGCGGGCGUUAAUCUGAAUGCGCGGGCACACGACGGUUCCGCGCCGCUGCACAUGGUAGCACACCUUCGUAACGCCAGGGCCAUCGAUUGCUGCGAGCUGUUACUCAAAGCAGGCGCCGCGGUGAAUUUGAAAACCCACGAUUAUUCGACGCCUCUUGAUGUCGCACUCAUGAGGGGGAAUCGCCGUAUUGUGCCAGUAUUUUUGCGCGCCGGCGCCGAGUUUCGAUACUCAAACCUUAAUGCGUACACUCUACGAGUCAGAGACGCCGGCGGCUUAACACGGUACGAGCAGCCCCACCUCGGCUUCGAGAAGUACGCGCAGAAUCACCUCGCGCGGAUCACGGCAAUCCUAGCGCCGACGCCCCUUCUUCCGCCGGAGCUCGUCCGGAAGAUCCUCGAGUUCUGGCUCCACGCGGGCUAUUACUGACCCUCCUCGCGGACGCGCCCCUGUCACGCCAUCGAGGCGACGUUGUGCCUGUCUAAUGUCAAGUUCACAGUC